AUGUCAUAUGCAAUAAGAAAAUACCUGAUAGUAACAGCAAAGAAAUUUAUUGGCACAAAAUUAAAAGAAGUAUUAGCCAAUUACGUAGUGGAUAAUACAUUAAAUAUGAUAGAAAAAAUUGCAAUACCAGAUCAA